AUGUUUAUUCGUCUCUUUGUGUUGACAAUUCUCCAUUGCUCUUUAACAGUUGCAGGAGAUAGUCCUGUUCAAAAGGACAUAAUCACAGGUUAUUGUGAAAAAUCCAACAAUAACUUAUGCGAAAAUGGCGGGACAUGUGUAAAUGUUGGCAUUAAUGACUACAUAUGUGUUUGUCUGAAUGGUUAUUCCGGAAAGAAUUGCUCAAGGAACGAAGAUGAUUGCAUAGAAAAUUCAUGUGCUGCUGGAAGUACCUGUAUUGAUGGUAUAGCUAAGUAUACUUGUGCUUGUCCGCCAGGAAAAAUUGGGUUGUUUUGUCAUUUGGAUGACCCCUGUAUGCAGAAACCGUGUGGAAAUGGUUCCGAGUGCAUUGCGGACACAGCUAGUGGCGAAUUUUCUUGCAACUGUAUGAAAGGUACCACAGGUCAAAAUUGCGCCAGUGAUAUAAACGAGUGUAUAGAGAGUGACAAACUGUGCUUCAAUGGCGGUAUAUGCGUGAACACAUUCGGCUCAUGGUACUGUGAUUGUCCUUUAGGAUACAAUGAUCCCUACUGCAUGACCCAUGAUAAUGAAUGUGAGCCAAAUCCGUGCCUUAACGGCGCAUCCUGUCUAGACUAUGGCAAUCGUUAUGAAUGCAUCUGUCAAAACGCUUUCUAUGGCACAAAUUGUGAGAAAGUUUGCCCACCAGGAUUCGAAGAUCGUCUCUGCAAACAGCAUCGUAUCUCCCUGGAUAAUAAUCAUCAAGAAGAGUUGCUUGAGAAGAGGAUUUGUUUACUUCAUAAUUGUUCAUCAAAAGCUGACAAUAAUGUUUGUGAUUCGGAAUGUAACUAUCCGGCAUGCCAGUAUGAUGGAUUCGAUUGUAGUGCUCAUUUACAACCGUUUCGGCACUGUCCACUUCAUGAUUUUUGCGGUCGAGUAUUCCACGAUAAUAAAUGCGAUUUGGUAUGUGAUCGUUUUGAAUGUCUCUUGGAUGGAUUCGAUUGCAGCGGGAAAACAGAAACAUGCUUGUUUGAAGAUUAUUGUUCCGUACGUUUCAACGACGGUUACUGCGAUCAGGAAUGCUUUACUGAAGAGUGCUACUUUGAUGGCGUUGAUUGUACGCAGGAAAUUAAUUAUAAUAAGUUGGAAGGAAGUUUGAGUUUAAUAAUCCUUAUUAAACCAGAUGAAUUCUUGAAACGCGCACCUGUUCUGCAGUUCAUUUUGAGCCAAGUAAUGCGGGCAAGAGUUACUAUUGCUGUCGAUAAAAGUAACCAUAAACUGUUUUAUUCAUGGAAAUCAGACGCAAAAGGAUUACAUGGUACGAAGGUACACUUAAAUGUUGAAACACCCCAGUGUCGCAAAGGAGUUAAUUGUGAACAUCAAAUCAGUAAUAUGAAACAAGCUGCUGAUUUCGUAGGUGCAAUGACUUCAAACCAGUUGCUGUGGCGUGUCGGUGCACGAUUGCACGCUGCUGAAGCUGAGCUAUCAUCUACUACUACAAAUUGGAAGAAAUGGAUGGUUUAUGCGCUUUCGGGUUUUGUAAUGCAAAUAUUCAUGAUUGCUGUCUUAUUUACGCUUCACAGAAAUGCUAAGCGUCGAAAUACUGCGAGACGAUUACAAAAGAAGGUUCACGUGGCAGGGACGUGGUUCCCACCCACUCUCGAUAAUUAUUUUCCGUUGAAGCUGCUUAAAGAUAAUUAUCAGAGUAAUGGAAAUAUGCAAGAUGAUGGUAUCCCAAGUAAAAAAGUCGACGACCAUGAACAACGACAUCAUUUUAUCGAAGUCUGUGUGAUUCCUGAUCCUGAAGAAGAAAAAAUAUGCGAAAGAAAAUGGACUGUGCUUCAUGACCAGGCAAUUGACUCGUUUCCAAUCAAAACUCCGAUCAAUAGGUCGCUUGUUAAUACGAAAAGUAAUGAUGGAAAAACUGCACUGAUGCUAACAGCCCUGAAUCAAGAGAAAAAUGAGGAAGCCAGCUGUAUGGAUGUGGAAAAUCUAUUCUUAGCUGGAGCUCUUGUCGAUGCUGAGGAUGACUACGGCGAGACGGCUUUGAUUAUGGCUAUAAAAGCAGGACGUGCUGAAGUGGUAAAAUGUCUCCUACAAUUUGGGGCCGAUAUUACAAUAUCAGAUAUUCAUAAUCGUACAGCACUACAUCACGCUGCCUCCAUAAAUGCAGCCGAUAUUGUGGAUGCGAUCGAUGAUGCAGAUUGUAGUCCCUUGAUGACUGUGGCUAAGCUUGGGUACCGAGAUCCUGAAGCAAUUGCUCUGUUGAUCGAUGCGGGAGCUGAUAUUAACUGUACUGGUAAUCAUAUAAAUGGUGAAAUGUACAAAGGCAGAACAGCACUUCAUUAUGCCAUAAUACAAAGUAAUCAAGAACUGGCAAGGUAUUUGGUGGAACGAGGCGCUAAUUUGAAUAUUCAGGAUCACAUGGGACAAACACCAUUGUUUUUGGCUGCUUCUCAAGGGCAUGUUGAGAUGGUUCACAUGCUAGUGAUCGCUGGUGCUCGACGAUGCAUUCCUGAUAACAUGGAUUUGACACCAGAAGACAUUGCUAAUUACAAGGAAUACCAGGAGGUGGUUCAGUACUUCAUAAAUCUCCGAAUGCAAAACGGCUCUGUGACAAAUGGGAAUGGCAGAUCAAAAAGCAAAAAUGUGAAGAAGCCGCGAAUCAUCGCAAUAUCACCUGCUUUAUCGGAAAUGGUAUUAAAUUCUGACGCAGCUACGAUAACACCCGAGAGUUCAAAUUCAUCGAAUUCAUCCAGUUUUUUUGACCGUUCUAAAGAAUGCUACGGCCUAUGCGAAACUAAUGCCCAAAUGCAUAGUUUACCAAGUACAAUUCUACAGCAAAAUCCACAACACUUCAUACAGACACCGUAUUCUUCCAUGGAUUAUAUCGCUAAUCAAAACUACAUUAUAAAAAGUAGCUGCUUAACGAAUAAUGAAAACAGGCCUGUAUCCUCCACGCCUCUUCUAGGAUUCGAACAUUAUGUAUAAGAUUUGUAAGUUUCUUCGAGCAACAGUG